CCCCCCCCCCCCCCCCGGAAGACAGCGACGGCAGCAGCAUACCUAUCUUCGAGGCAUAACAGUAUUCAGUAAUACCGACGAUCGUUCAAUCCUUUUUUCCGUUUAAAGCGCAGACAUCACGGGCGCGGUGCGGCCAUUCUCCGUUUCCUUGGAGCCGUUGACGCUGGCGUUGACCGCGUCAAUUUGCCUCCUUCUUUUGAGUCCUACCCACGUCUUCGACCGCCCGGAUAGCCCUAUCCGAGGAGCUUUCGCUACUGUAUUUCUUCCAAAAUGAUACGACCGACAACUGUCCUGUGCUCGCUUCUGGCGGCCGCCAGCUCGGCUCGCGCUGCUAUUACGCUGGACCUCUCCUCGACUGAUUCAAUCAAGCAGGCAGCGUCGACGAUAGCAUGGGGAAUGGUGCACUACUACACUGGUAACAACACGGGUGACGUGCCUGGCAACUUGCCGGCUCCUUACUAUUGGUGGGAGGCUGGUGCUAUGUUUGGCGCCCUUGUCGACUAUUGGUACUAUACGGGUGACACCACUUACAACGACAUUACCACACAAGCUAUGCAGUGGCAGGUUGGUCCCAACGAGGAUUACAUGCCGCCGAAUCAGACAAAAACGCUUGGUAAUGACGACCAGUCAUUCUGGGCAAUGGCCGCCAUGUCUGCGGCAGAGGUGAACUUUCCAAAUCCACCAGCUGACAAGCCACAAUGGCUUGCUCUCGCCCAGGCCGUCUUCAAUACCCAGGCUCCACGAUGGGAUGACAGCACAUGUGGCGGUGGUCUGCGAUGGCAGGUUUUCACCUUCAACAACGGUUAUAAUUACAAGAACACCAUCUCUAACGGAUGCUUCUUCAAUAUCGCUGCUCGUCUAGGUCGCUACACAGGGAAUUCUACAUACCUGGACUGGGCGAACAAAUCAUGGAACUGGAUCAGCAGUAUCGGUCUCAUGGAUGGCAGCGGGGGCACAUACCAUUUCUACGAUGGCAGUGACGACACUAUCAACUGCACACAGAUCAAUCACAUCCAGUGGACGUACAAUGCCGGUGUCUACUUGUACGGCGCUUCCAUCAUGUACAAUGUCAGUGCUGAGGCCGACCCGAACAGCUCCGAUACGGCCAUGUGGAAGCAAAGAGUUGACAUGAUUGUGGGCGGCCUUGAUGUCUUCUUUAACAAUGGCAUCAUGUUUGAAGUCGCCUGCGAAACAAACGGCAAGUGCGAUGUUGACCAACGUUCCUUCAAGGCGUACCUCGCACGUUGGAUGGCCGCCUCUACCAAAGUUGCUCCCUGGACUGCCUCUACCAUCAUGCCGCUACUUCAGAAGUCCGCUCAAGCUGCCGUCGGCACGUGCAGCGCUGGCAUCGACGGUAAUCAGUGUGGCUUGCGAUGGACUGAAGGCGCUGUGAACGAUGGCUCGAUGGGUGUAGGAGAGCAGAUGUCUGCGUUGGAGGUCGUGCAAAGCAACCUAAUUGGCAACGUUGCUGGACCUCUGACCAACUCGACCGGUGGGACCUCAGCUGGCAACCCCGCGGCCGGCUCGAACUCAGAUGACAACCCGAUUAAGUUCAAUGCCAUCACCACUGCUGACAAGGCGGGUGCAAGCAUUCUGACUCUGAUGGUUCUGUCCGCGCUAUUCGCAGGUGCCUGGUGGAUGGGUGUAAAAGGGUGAAGAACAUGUGUCCUCAACAAGCCUUUCUUUUCCCUAAUUCUAUUGUCUUUAUAAUCGCGCGAGUAUAUCAGACGGCGUCCAAAGGGGAUUGCUGCUGCUCUGUCAGCUGGUGCUUGCAUCAACGUCAUUGUGACUGGAAAGGGUUUUUCUCCUCAUGUAUGAGUGCACAGUGGCGGCGUUCGGAUAUGGAUCAAAGACAGUCUUUUUAUUUUCUUUUUGACGACUAGAAGCGCAAGUCGUGUGAAUAUGGUGUCAGCAGCACAUUCAUGCAUAUUCUUCUCAGUCUUGUUUCUCGAUAUCUGCUGAUCCACUUUCCUAUCCCAUGUUUCAGGUUUUGCUCGCUAGGGUUCUGGAGACGUGAGGCAAUAGUUGUGUGCACGGACCACGAAGAAUUUUUGCCAGAGAAAUUUCACGCUCCAACUUAAAAAGCCUUCGCUCUUCCUACAACGUAGCAACGAACAUAAGACGAUUCAAAUG